CUGUACUGAUAUAAUGUUUAUAUCUUAAUACCAGUCUAAUUCUGGAUGUUAUGGCGGUUUAUGUCGGUGUAAGGCGGGCAUGCAACCAUAGGAAUGCAGCAAGGAGGAUGGGGGGAGGAGUUGCAUAGAUAGGACACUGUGGCAAUCAGGGACCAGGUCUGGGAAGAGCUGUACACAAACUGGGGGGAAGCUGUUCUGUUGGAUCCUGGCCCUGCUGUGUCCCCAGAGGUGUCAUAUAUUAGGAGGAAGGUCCAGGUGUCACCCUGUGACCCUCCAGGCGCCCUAAAAACCUGCACCCUGUGUUGUCCCCCGAGACCGGGGUCCCCCGACAACGCUUUCACCAUACAGGAAGUGAGCGGAGAUCUGCAGCUGGUGACACACACAACCAUAGGAAUAUAAAGAGGGCCUUCCCUUAAAAUGUGUCAGUCUGUGUUGUUGUUGGAGGUUUCCCAUCACUUCAAACACUGACAUUUUCCCUGCAACAAAAAUGUCUUCUAAAGGAAAUCACAUCUGAAGGGAUGCAGACCCUGACGCUUUCCUCAUUAGAGCCCUGCAGUUGCAGCAGCUGAUUGAUGAUUCUAAAAAUCCCUCUCUACACAUGGACACGGACGAGCGGCUUUUUCUUCAAAGUGACAAAAGGCUCUCCAGACACUCCCCCUUGCUAUGGCGGAGGGGAAGAAGAUCGGGAACGCGCUCCUCCCCAGCGAGUCCAUGAAAGUGAUUGCAGAGUCUAUAGGGGUGUCCCAGAUGUCAGAGGAGACCUGCCAGAUGCUCACACAAGAAGUCAGCUUCCGGAUUAAGGAAGUCACUCAGGAUGCUAUGAAAUUCAUGCACGUUGGUAAGAGGCAGAAACUUACCCCCAAUGACAUCGACGCUGCUCUAAAACUGAAGAAUGUGGAGCCUAUAUACGGUUUCCAUGCAAAGGAAUUUCUGCCGUUCCGUUACGCCAGUGGUGGAGGGCGGGAGCUGCACUUCUAUGAAGAGAAAGAGGUUGAUCUGUGUGAUAUAAUCAGCACCCCACUUCCUCGUGUGCCUCUCGAUGUCUCCUUGAAAGCUCACUGGUUAAGUAUCGAAGGAGUUCAACCCGCCAUCCCAGAGAACCCCCCUCCAGUCCCGAAGGAGCAGCAGAAGAUGGAGGCCACUGAGCCCUUGAAGGCUGCCAAGCCAGGACAAGAAGAGGCUGGGCGGAAAGGACAAGGGGCAAAUGCUGUUGAGGUUAAGGAGAAGAAGAACACCAUUAUAGAAGGUGCACCUCUGAAGCUAAAGCCACGCAGCAUACACGAGUUGUCCGUAGAACAGCAGUUGUAUUACAAGGAGAUUACAGAGGCGUGCGUUGGUUCCUGUGAAGCCAAGAGAGCGGAAGCACUACAGAGUAUUGCCACUGACCCUGGCCUGUAUCAGAUGCUUCCUCGGUUCAGCACUUUCAUAUCAGAAGGGGUGCGUGUGAAUGUUGUGCAGAAUAACCUGGCACUGCUUAUUUAUCUCAUGCGAAUGGUAAAAGCUCUGAUGGACAACACCACUCUGUAUCUAGAGAAAUAUCUCCAUGAACUCAUUCCAGCUGUGAUGACGUGCAUCGUCAGCCGGCAGCUUUGUCUGCGCCCGGAUGUGGACAAUCACUGGGCAUUGAGAGACUUUGCCGCUCGUCUCAUUGCACAAAUCUGCAAGAACUUCAGCACCACAACCAACAACAUCCAAUCCAGGAUAACCAAGACAUUUACCAAGAGUUUGGUUGACGAACGCACUCCCUGGACGACCCGAUACGGCUCCAUUGCCGGCCUUGCAGAACUGGGACCCGAUGUGAUCAAAACUCUGAUUGUCCCUCGUUUGUUGCUGGAAGGAGAGCGACUACGCGCCAUCCUGGAGGGUCAGGUUCUUUCCAACAUCGACAAAAUUGGAGCUGACCACGUCCAAAGCCUCAUGCUGAAACACACCGCUCCAGUCCUGGUGAAAUUGCGCGCCCCUCCAGAUGUCCCAGAAACAUACCGUACAGAAUAUGGCUUCCUGGGUCCCACUCUGUGCUCUCAUGUGAUGAAGGCUAGGGCCCAGAGUGCUUUGCAGGGGCCCCAGGUCAACCGGACCACUCUGACAGUCACACAGCCUCGCCCUACACUCACCCUCUCUCAGCCGACCUCCGGCUCCAUCACGCCAUCCCCUCGCCCACCUGGGAUAAUUAAGGUGCCUGGGUCCUUGACUUUGCCCGUACAGACCUUAAUGAGUACCCGGCCGGCCACCCCUACUCAGCCUUCACCACCACCCACCAAGUUCAUUGUGGUGUCUUCAGCAGGGAGCAGCGGGACCCAGGUUCUCACCUCUUCAAGCGGCCCUUCCCCAUCCACGCCGUGCCCCCCUGGGGUCCAACCCAUUGUGAAACUUGUGUCCGGUGGGCAAAGCAGCGGUGUAGGGGGCUCAGCGACUGGUGGCAGCAGCGGAAUGCAGAAAUAUAUAGUGGUGUCUCUUCCAACCGCCGGAGAAAGCAAAACCCCUCAACCCUCCCCUCCCCCCACAGCAGAGACCCCCGGCUUGUGACAAUAGACCCCUGUGAUGUGUGUGAGCAUUUGGGUGAAUGUAUGGUCAGUUGUGUGGCUGCAUGCAUGGAUGUUUCUGGUGUUUUCUGUGUGUUACAGUUUAUUUUGUGUACAAGGAAUAUUAACCUUUUCUUAAUAAAAUAGCUUAAAACUC